ACGGGGCGGGGCUUGGCGCGACAGACGCGCGCCGCGGGCUGCGGCGGCUGAGGAGGAGGCUGAGCGGGAGCGGGCGACACCGGCAGGACACACUUACUGAGGUCUCAGAGCUCUCUCCACUGAUGCUGCUGUGGCUCAGGAACGCAGCCUGCUGGACUGUCCUCACUGUCUCCUAACUGCCAAUCAGUUCCAGUUACUAUGGCAAUGACGGCAGGGGCAACAACCACCUUUCCUAUGAGCAGCCAUACCCGGGAACGAGUUACUGUGGCCAAGCUCACGCUGGAGAAUUUUUACAGCAACCUAAUUUUGCAGCAUGAAGAGAGAGAAACCAGGCAGAAGAAGUUAGAAGUGGCUAUGGAAGAAGAAGGACUGGCAGAUGAGGAGAAAAAGUUACGCCGGUCACAGCAUGCUCGGAAAGAAACAGAGUUCCUACGCCUGAAGAGGACCAGACUUGGCCUGGAUGACUUCGAGUCUCUGAAGGUCAUAGGAAGAGGAGCUUUCGGAGAGGUGCGGCUGGUCCAGAAGAAGGACACAGGGCACAUCUAUGCCAUGAAGAUCCUGAGGAAAGCUGACAUGCUUGAGAAGGAGCAGGUGGCUCAUAUCCGAGCGGAGAGAGACAUUUUGGUGGAGGCAGACGGAGCCUGGGUAGUGAAGAUGUUCUACAGCUUUCAGGACAAGCGGAACCUCUAUCUCAUCAUGGAGUUUCUUCCUGGAGGUGACAUGAUGACGUUGCUGAUGAAGAAGGACACCUUAACAGAAGAGGAGACGCAGUUCUACAUCUCAGAGACUGUCUUGGCAAUUGACGCAAUCCACCAGCUAGGCUUCAUCCACCGGGACAUCAAGCCAGACAACCUUUUACUGGAUGCCAAGGGACAUGUAAAACUGUCUGAUUUUGGUUUGUGCACGGGGUUAAAGAAGGCUCACAGGACUGAAUUCUACAGAAACCUCACACACAACCCACCAAGCGACUUCUCGUUUCAGAACAUGAACUCGAAGCGGAAAGCAGAGACGUGGAAGAAGAACAGGAGGCAGCUGGCUUAUUCCACAGUUGGAACACCAGACUACAUUGCUCCAGAGGUCUUCAUGCAGACAGGGUACAACAAGCUGUGUGACUGGUGGUCCUUGGGAGUGAUUAUGUAUGAGAUGCUAAUAGGCUUUCCACCUUUCUGCUCCGAGACACCUCAAGAAACGUACAGGAAAGUUAUGAGCUGGAAGGAGACGCUGGCAUUUCCUCCAGAAGUGCCCGUCUCUGAGAAAGCCAAGGACUUGAUUCUCAGAUUUUGUACUGAUUCUGAAAACAGAAUUGGGAAUGGUGGUGUGGAAGAGAUCAAAGGUCAUCCGUUCUUUGAGGGUGUGGACUGGGGGCACAUAAGGGAAAGACCAGCAGCUAUCCCUAUAGAAAUCCGGAGCAUAGAUGACACCUCAAACUUCGAUGACUUCCCUGAGUCUGAUAUCUUACAGCCAGUGCCGAAUACCACAGAGCCCGACUACAAAUCCAAAGACUGGGUCUUUCUCAAUUACACCUACAAAAGGUUUGAAGGGCUGACCCAGCGAGGCUCCAUCCCCACGUACAUGAAAGCUGGGAAGUUAUGAUGAUUACAGCUGCCCAUAGCCAGGAGAGCUCAGAGAGCUGCAUCCCCAGGCCAGCUCCGUGUCAGCACCAGGAGCUCCAGGACGGUGCUGCUCUCCAGCCCCAGCCGGGGGGAUCAUCUACAGCUUGGGAGUCUGAGACUGCUACGGCUAUGGGAAGUGAUCUGCGUGCUCGCUCGGCGCUCUCUCUCUCUCUCUCUCUCUCUCUCUCUCUCUCUCUCUCUCUCUCUCUCUGUAUUUCUGUAUUAAUUUUAUUGUACUGAGGUACUGGAACAGAGGAACGGACAUUCCCUCCUGACUGCUGUCUAUGUGCACGGUGAGAGUCCAUUCUGCCCAUGUGCUGCACUUCCUUCCGAUUGCAGCACUGAUCCAGCCAGAACCACAUCGCAUUGAUGGCACCAUGCAGCCUGGGGGUGCUCCUGGUGUCCCUGCUUCACUGCAGAGCUCAUGGGUCUAGAAUCAGUGAAAAGCCAUCUUCUGUAGCUGCUGUCAGAACAUUUGCCCUGUUGGUUUGGACAUUGUAGGCUCUACGUGAAGACAGUUUCUGUACCGGCUGCAAGGAACUCUUAAGGACACUGACUCCGACAUUAGAAUUCUCUGUCAAGCUCUCACGCAGACCCCAUGGUAGGGAAGAUGAGCUUCUGUCAGCGUGAGGACGUUUCUCACCUCCACCGCAGCAUCCUCCAAGGCCGAUGGUGCUGAGAUAGUGACGAUGUGCGCAAAGGGAGAUGUGCCCGGUUACUGUCAGCUACUUCUCUGUGACACAAAGACUCCAUUUUUAACAGGAGGACGUAGCAUUGUUUCCUUGGAGGAUGGUGAGCGAGUUUCAGAAGUGACCAUGAAAGCUGCCUGUAGAACCUACCUAGUGCGUUUUUAUUAAACUAUUUUUUAAAUGUCAGACUUCUGAUCAAGUCAAUGGACACUGUGGAGAGCAGAGUGUGACUCACUGGCUUUCUGCAGAGGUGGUCAUGCUGGUGGCCCUGUGUUCCCUUGAUAGCACUAGUGCCAUUGUUUCCAAUGAACCAAAGACCCUGGACAGUGGCUGUCGGGGGAGUGGAGCUCCGCUUUCCAGGGGUGCUGUGCUCCACAUGAUAGACCUUAGACAGGCCGGCCCUGUGCCUCAUAGCUCAUCACUGUGGUUAAAGUUAGCCAUAAUGAAGUAAAGGAGUGGGUGCAGACUGACAGGGUGUGACUGGUGACUGGGCGAUUCUUGGGGUGGUUCCCUAAGGGUUACGUCGUCUGUUUUGCUUAGCAUUUUGAUUCCCAAACAACUUUCUGAGGAGGUGUAGCUUUGUGAGUUGUAGUAACUUCUCAGGGAGUGGCUAAUGUUUAUCAUCUGUGACGUGAUGCAGUGAGGCUUUAUGGGAGAAAUGUCUCCUGAGGGGACAGAGCAAUGCCUUGUGACCCCUCCUUCAUCAAGGCCAUCAGCUCCUGGUAUAUGUUGGUGAGUCCUUUCAGGCCAACCAGUGUGUCCCCAUUUUGCUGCUGAGUCUGGCAAUGGCCACCACCUGCUGAUCCACUGGCUCAGCUGUGGUCUGGUCAAGCCUUUGCCCAGUAUUUGGAGAAAACACUGAAAGUGGUGGUCAGCCUCCUUGAUGACUUUAGCUGCCUUAGUAUCUGCAGGGCAUGUGAGCUUCUCCAAGUUGUCUGUCUCAAGGGUACUUCAGCAGCAGAGACCCCUGGCUGUAGGGAUCCUACCUUUUCUUUCAGAAGGGGACUUUUCUAGUGUGAGGGUGACUGGGUUAGAUAGGAGACCUGGCCAGUUUCUUUAGCUACUACCUAACUACUGCGGGGUGACAGUGUUCCAGGCCAGGUACCUGGGGCAGGUCGAGAUGAGUGCAAAGGAGGGUGACUGAGGGACUGAGGGGGACUGAGGGGGACUGAGAGGGACUGAGAGGGACUGAGGGACAGACCACUCCUUCUGACCUCUCUGUUGUGGUGAGAGGUAGCUUCCCUGGUGGUAGAGAGGCAUUUUGGGAAGUUUGCCUUGCUGUUUGCCUCCUCCCCAGCAUUAACAUGGCUUCCCACUCUUGAGGAAUCUCUGAUGAAGUGUUCCUCAGCUAGUGUAAAGGCCCUAAAGACUGUCUACCCGUGGCAGCAAACAUAUGAGGUAUGGUGCAAAUUACGCACAUGCUUUGCAGACUGACUUUUCCAUUGCACAUUUCCCAUAUUUUAGGUGAGUAAUGUAAUUUAGGUAAUAAACCCUAUCUUAACCCACUGGGCAUAGUGACAUUUUCUCUUCAUCUCGUUUUUGAAUCAAAGAAGUUUUAUUGUAAACAGUGGUUUGGGCUUUUCUAAGGGUACAGAAAAUGUGUAUAACAAUGCAGAUGUAUUGGUUUCAGAUGAUUGAAUAGAGACUUGUAUUUUUUCAUUAAAACCUUUGUGUUGAAGCAGUUACUCACCACUAGGUCUGCAGAUGUAUGAAACCCUGGGCUGUCCAAAGUCAGGUAUGACCACUUAACCAUAGGUGCCUGAUCAGCUGUUUAGAGAAAAUGCCAGCUACGGGAUAUUAAAUAUGCUCUUUGGUUGCUAGGCCUUAAGGUAGGGCUCCCUUAUUCCCACGUCAGCAUAGCGUUUAAACACGUGCACAGCUCUGUACAUUUCAAAAUACCUUCAAGCAUACUUUGUUUUGGUGUCAAGAAUUUAGUCCACCAGUCAGUCUCUGCCGGAAGGAGAGAGAGCUAGCCACUUAUCUUUUGCCAGUCUACAAGUAAGUUACUGGCUACCUGGCACAUCCUCUCUUUGAAUUGUUAAAAUUCAGGAAGUCCAAAAGUAACUGUUUUGCUAUGAUCAUGAUUAUUUCUCAUUUUAUUUCAAAAUUAUUUUCCCUGUAGAAGUGCACUUAUUUCUGAAAAAUCUUAAAGAAGCCAACACUUAAUAAAUACAAGACACUUGAGACUACUAGAAAUAUUUUUUAUUACAAAAUGUGAGGAGCUAAAGGAAUAAAGUAAUAGAAGUGUAUUGUAGGGUUUUGUUUUUUUUUUUAAGCAAUAUAAUCUAGCAGUUGUCCAGAACUGUCAGGGUUCUGAGCCCAUCCAGCAUUUUGAAGGCCGUUGGGCAGGGGCAGUGGGCAAACGAGAAUAAAGCCACAUUUACAAAAACU